CAUCACAAACGGAGUUGAGGCGGUGGCAUGACGCUUAUAUGCGUAGGAUGGAGACUAUCCGCAUAAUGCAUCAUAAGUAAAACUUUAAACUUCAAACUUCGAUCAUGAAUGCACUGGAAUAACAGCAACAGGUUAAUUGCACAUGAGAGCACAUUAUAGAUUAGCGAAACCUAUUCAUCACGCGUUCUACGCAGCAAAUGGCUAGUUUAAUCAACUGUUUGGUGCUUUAAGAAGCAGGCUGCAUAACGAAUAGUGACAUUACAUUAAAUCCAAUAAGAAAGCUCUUGGAAUAAAUUUCAAUUUGGACAGGAUCUUUGACUGAACGCUUCCUCAGCACGAAUAACGGUCAUCAUUUCAAGAUCAUCAGCUUAUCUGUGGAGAUGGAUCUCCUCUUUAGCCUCUUUUUGCAUCACUGACUUUGAUAUGCCUUCUCUGCUUCAUCAAAUCCCAGCACUCGGAGCAGAGAGCACCUGAUUGGAGACGCUGUUGCACAAGAAACAGAGUAGAAUCAGAAACAACAAGACGAACAGGAGCGCUGUGUCGUGGUAGGAGGUUUCACCAAGGCCGCAGUGCAUCAUGGGUAAGCAGAACAGCAAGCUGCGUCCGGAGGUGCUGAACGACCUGCGGGAGAACACAGAGUUCACCGACCACGAGCUCCAGGAGUGGUACCGCGGCUUUCUCAAGGACUGCCCAACCGGUCACCUGACUGUCGACGAGUUCAAAAAGAUCUACGCCAACUUCUUCCCCUACGGCGACGCCUCCAAGUUCGCCGAGCACGUCUUCCGUACCUUUGACACCAACGGCGACGCCACCAUCGACUUCCGGGAGUUCAUCAUCGCGCUGAGCGUGACGUCGCGCGGUGGCCUCGAGCAGAAGCUGCGUUGGGCCUUCAGCAUGUACGACCUGGACGGCAACGGAUACAUCAGCCGUGCAGAGAUGCUCGAGAUUGUCCAGGCGAUCUACAAGAUGGUGUCGUCAGUCAUGAAGAUGCCAGAAGACGAGUCCACUCCGGAGAAACGCACCGACAAGAUCUUUAGACAGAUGGACACAGAUAACGAUGGACGGCUCUCGUUGGAGGAGUUCAUCAAGGGAGCCAAGAGUGACCCCUCUAUUGUGCGCCUCCUGCAGACGGACCAGAGCACCUCGCACCAGUUCUGAGCUUUACAUCCAACCCCCCCCCCCCCCCCCCCCUCCAUCUUUCUCUCCCUCCCUAUCUCAGUCUUGCUCCAUCCUUCUCUUUUACCUCCAGCAAUCAGUUCUGAGAUCCACAUCCACCCUCCCCCAUCUUCUCUUUUACCUCCAGCAAUCAGUCCUAAACUCCAAUCCCCCCCUCCCUCACACACAGACACACAAUCCCCCCCUCCCUCCCCCCCUUUUCAACUCCUGCGGUCAGAACAGGGCACCUGGACUGAGCGCCUCAUCUCUCCCCUCUGCAAAUGACCACCAACCCCUCUCCACACACACCCUCCGCCUUCUCCAUCUCGCACCUCCUGCCGGGUCCGAGGUCAAAGCGGUUCUGAUCGGAUCCUCUCAUCCCCACCCAUCCACCAUCUUUCCUUCUCUCUCACUCCCGCUUGAUCAAGCCUACACCCCUCAACAGCUCUCUCAACAACCAGCCCUGUACAGCAUCCCAGCCGGACAGAGCUUUGGUGCUGACCAAGCCAUAGAGGGAAGUUAGUUCCUCAAACUGGCGCGGUUAACGGCCUACCUGCUAAGUCUUAUCUGGUGUUAUUGUGUAACCAUCGUACAAGCAACUCUAUUACUCCUUUGGUGCUUCAGUGACCACCGCUGAGGUCAAUGCUUUGCAGUCGGCUGAUAGUGUUUGGCCUAUUAGGUGGCGGCUUUGUGAUUAGUUGACCUGUGUGAGCCUGUUGCAAGUUACAGAAAUUACGCCCCACACUCCUCUUCUCCUGCUUUUAUUGUACAUUCCACAAAGGUAUGGUCUUGAGGCUAAAUGUUUUUAUAUUGUUGUAUUACCUUAUUUUAAAUGGAGGUCCAAGUGCCAAAAGUAUCUCAUAUUUGUACUAAAGGUAUCAUACUUAUCAGUAACCGCUAGUGACUUUAUAUUGGUGUUGAAUGUUUUCAUAAAGACAGUGGCUUGUGUGCUUCUAACAUUGCUGUUGCUGAGCGACUGUGACAGCUCUGUUCUGCCAUAUUUCUGUCAGUUCUGUUUUUAACUGACAUGUUACAGUGUAAUUUCAUCAUUGGUCUAUUAGCGUUAUCAGACCGUAACGUUCACCCACAGUGAAACAGCCAGGCUAAAUAAGAGGGCUAGAACACCCUCUUCGUCCAUCCAUUCAUCUCACGGUUUACAUUUUCAAAAUGGAAAAUAAAUAAACUCUGGAUGAUGUCA